AUGUCUUCUUUCAGCUUUUCCGGAAAUUAUGCUAUGGCUGAGACGGGUGUUUUCUGGGACUUAAAUCAGUGUGAGAUCCCUGUUGGCCUCAGUGCUAAAGAUGUGAUGAGUGUCAUCAGGAAGAACCUUUUGGCCCUUGGUCAUAAGGGCCAGGUCUCAGUCAGAGCUUAUGGUGAGAAGAGGGAUCAUGACUUUUUCCUGGCAAGAAUUGACUUCAUUGAACUUCCCGCAGGUGAUAAAAAUGCAACGCACAUGAAGAUGAUCAAAGACAUUGUUUUGUGGGCAUCUGAAAGGCCUGAACCAUCAACGCUGAUGCUAAUCAUGGGAGCGACCUCAUUUGAUUUCCUGGAAACUGUUGAACAUUUGAAGAGAGAUAAAAAAUUCCUGUUUCUCUAUGUACACCCACCCCCACCGAUGGUGAUUAGCAUCAGCGUUGAUGGUUCAGGCUGA